CCCUUUAGGCCGUUGUACUUCCGGGGCAUGUAGACUCGUUUGUCGCCGCGGCGGUGGAGUGUUUUUGUCACUUCGAUAGCUCUACGGUGCUCGUAGGCUAUAUUCACCGAUAAUAUUUUGGAUUGGAGUGAUAUUGUUCUUUUUCUAUUCCCACCAUGACUGAGGAAGUCCAGAAACACUCGGUCCACACGUUGGUCUUCAGGUCAUUGAAAAGGACUCAUGACAUGUUCGUAGCUGACCAUGCUAAAUCCAUCGCUCUAGAUGAGGACAGCCACAAGCUGAAGAUGGGUGUGAAGCUGAAGUCAGACUACAGUCCUGUUUUACACAUGCCAGUGUUAAAGGAGGUGAAGUCACAUCAUCCAGACGGUAUCCACGGCAACGACGCUUACAUGCAGCCGGGGGAUGAUCCUGAAUAUCUGAUCACGGGAACGCAUGCUUAUCCAUCCGGACCUGGAGUCGCCCUGACAGCUGAUACAAAAGUGCACAGAAACCCCAGUGAGUCAGGAAUCCACUCCAUGGCUCUGGCUUUGCCACCAUCACAAGCAAGACAAGAGUCCAGCCGCACUGCAGCCACAGUCGCAGAGAUCCGUCGUGGAGCAGAAAGAGCUCACGCUCAGUCCACCGCUCUGCUGCUCUUGGAAGGAGGUGGCACCAGACAUUCUAACCUGAUGAGGAGAGCACCGACCAUGCCCAAACCGCAGUGGCAUCCUCCCUGGAAACUCUUCCGAGUCAUCAGUGGCCACCUUGGCUGGGUCAGGUCCAUCGCUGUGGAGCCGGGGAAUCAGUGGUUUGUUACCGGAUCUGCAGACAGAACAAUCAAGAUCUGGGACCUGGCCAGUGGAAAACUGAAACUCUCUCUGACGGGACACAUCAGCACAGUUCGUGGAGUGGCGGUGAGCAGCCGCAGUCCGUACCUUUUCUCCUGUGGAGAGGAUAAGCAAGUCAAAUGCUGGGAUCUAGAGUACAACAAGGUCAUCAGGCAUUAUCACGGACACCUCAGUGCUGUGUAUGACCUGGACCUCCAUCCAACUAUUGAUGUCCUCAUGACGUGCAGCAGAGACGCCACAGCCAGGGUGUGGGACAUCAGGACCAAAGCAAACGUGCACACCCUAACGGGUCACACCAACACCGUCGCCACGGUGAGAUGUCAGGCAGCAGAGCCACAAGUCAUAACCGGGAGCCACGAUUCCACCAUCAGGCUGUGGGAUCUGAUCGCUGGAAAAACCAGAGCAACUCUGACCAACCACAAGAAGUCCGUCCGGACGCUGGUGAUGCAUCCCAGACAAUACACGUUCGCCUCUGGAUCGGCUGAUAACAUCAAACAGUGGAUGUUCCCCGACGGAAACUUCAUCCAGAAUCUGUCUGGACACAACGCCAUCAUCAACACGCUGGCGGUGAACUCUGAUGGAGUCUUGGUGUCUGGAGCCGACAACGGAACCAUCCACAUGUGGGACUGGAGAACGGGAUACAACUUUCAGAGGAUCCACGCGGCCGUGCAGCCCGGAUCUCUGGACAGCGAGUCGGGAAUCUUCGCCUGUGUGUUCGACCACUCGGAGAGCCGACUGAUCACUGCAGAGGCUGACAAGACCAUCAAAGUUUACAAAGAGGACGACACAGCGACGGAAGAAAGCCACCCAGUCAACUGGAAACCAGAAAUCCUCAAGAGAAAAAGAUUCUAAAGACUUCAGUGGUUUUCUUUCUGUAACUGGGACAAUGUUUUUUUUUUUUUUACAAACUCAAGAUGUAGAUACACCCAACAUUUCCUUUUUUAUCUCCUGCUUCCUCGUCACACAGACUGCUUGUCAACUAGUUGUUGCUUCAUUAAAUUGGUUGCUUUCGGUAACUGCUCCCUGGUCUGCUGUCCUCCAACAGAGGCCUCUCCUCAGAUUGUGACGGACGACUAAUGUCCAGACACACAUGAAUUAAACUCUGCUCUUUCUCCUGGUUUGAAAUGUGAAGUUUAUUUUUGCUUCAUUUCAAUAAAGAUCAGAUUUUCUCAAA